AGGAACUAUUAAUAUCGGGCUGAAUUAACAAUUAACAAAUUUUAAGUUGAAUUUAUUUGAGUGAAAUGAAUUGUUAAUGAAAAUUGCAGGUUUAUUGUGAUCAGAUAUCCAGUUGUAAACUCCAGCUAAGAACUUCAAACUGCAAACUUAUAAUUUGCAACCUGCUAAUCCGAAAUCAUGGAAAACUGGUCCACAAACGCGAUCAUUAACUGGAAUCAUCAUGGAAUUAUGGAGUUGCCAAGUGAAUUGGAACAUUAUGGCAGUAGCGUGAGGGAAAUGCAUUUACAACAUAAUAGAAUUCAAACUUUGCCGCCAUGGAUCACGUAUUUAAGGAAUUUGAGUGCACUUUAUUUGGAUAAUAAUAAUUUGCGGGAUAUUCCGGAGGAAAUUGGCACCUUGUCGCACCUGACUGAUCUGAACUUAAGUAGUAACAGUUUGAGCAAACUUCCGCAAGAGAUCAAAUCUUUACACAGUUUGACGAAUUUAAUCAUUACUGAUAAUAACUUGACCAAUUUGCCCGAUUUCACACAAUUACGAUCUUUGCGACGUUUGGACGUGAGUUACAACGGCAUAAAGUGCCUGCCUCCGAGUGUUGGUGAGCUUCGAAACUUGGAAGAACUUUCUGUCGACAGCAAUCCACUGUUCGAAUUGCCACCUUCCGUGUUUUCCUUACCACGUCUGAGGGAAUUGAGCGCAAAUUGUUGUGAUUUGCGCUGCUUACCAGCAUUACCAUUGGCCGCUGAUCCUCUGCCUAAUAUUAUUUUCAAGCUGAACCCUGCCCUGAAACAUGUACCCUUGACUCUUGAACCUCUAUUUGAUAUCAAUCCACAUAUCAGCACACGAUUUUGGACAUACGAUUCGACAGAAUUUUUCCAUCCAGGACAAAUCCAUGUAAAAGUAGUCAAUACUGAAAAUUUACCAGAAAUUGAUGUUUAUUUAUAUUCGGGUAUCAAACAUGUUUCACAAUAUUUUGCUCCAAAAAUGCCAACAUUGUUCGAAUUGGCCUUGCGGAAAACACAUGCUAUUUUGAGCAAAACCUCUUUCUUUCUGGAUGAGAAUGAAAACUGUGAUGAUGAAGAUUAUAAUGAAUUUUAUGAUAGUGAUUAUGAUGGAGAGGGUCAUUAUUAUGUGAACGGAAAAAGUUUUAUAAAAAUGACUCAUGAAGUAAUGCAUGUUGAGGAACUACCUCUACAUCUGAGUUCUCAGUUAAAAGAAGGGCCGAAUGCCGUUUGCCACAACUGCAAAAUUGGAUUGUUUGAAUAUGGAGUGCUCUGCUUUUUAAACAGGCCCGUCAAAAGAUUAUUCGGCGAUUCAUACUUAUUAUGUAGUGCAAUGUUUUGCGGAAGUAAAUGCACGAGAAUUUGGCUAGCAAAUCAUCCUAAUGUAACUUUUAUCCCUUGGAAACUAAUUCCUAAUCCUGUAUCAUGAUAUAAUUAUUACUACUACCCAC